CGUGACCCCUCUGCCCCGCAUAAAAGUGCGCGCUGGCCGCAGCGCUUCGAGACCACUCUUCCGUCCCGGCGGCUCCGGCGUCCAGGGUCCGGCCUGCGACCACCGUGCAGACCUGACGCUGGCUCAGACCUGUGACUGCACGUGUGUGCCUCGCCACAUCUGCAGUCACAACCUGUAGCCACCUCGCCGCGCUGACGUCGUGGCUACAAGCCCUCAACCCGCAGCCGUGACCCCCGGAACACCUGGGUCACCUGCGGCCACCCCUGCCCGGACCGGACCGCGCACCCUGUCCCUGUGUCCGAGCGAUGGCCUCCGCUCCCGAGGGGCGGGCCCCACGCGUGCUCUUCGGGGAGUGGCUCCUGCGGCAGGUCAGCAGCGGCCGCUACGAGGGGCUGUGCUGGCUGAAUGAGGCCCGCACGCGCUUCCGCGUGCCCUGGAAGCACUUCGCGCGCAGGGACCUGAGCGAAGCCGACGCGCGCAUCUUCAAGGCCUGGGCGGUGGCCCGCGGUAGGUGGCCGCCCAGCCGCCUCGAAGGGGACCGGCUGCCCCCAGAAGCGGCUGAGCGCGCUGGCUGGAAAACCAACUUCCGCUGCGCGCUGCAGAGCACGCGGCGCUUCGUGAUGCUGCGCGAUAACUCUACGGACCCCGCAGACCCGCACAAGGUGUUCGAGCUGAGCCCCACGCCGCGCGGGAGAGAAGACCCAGGCAUGGAGGAGGAGGAAGAUGCUCUCCAAGAUGCCCCACCCACACAGGGUGGGGCCCCCACGCCACUCCUGGCCGGCGGAGCAGCGGCCGCUGCGGCCCCGGCCGGGCCCUGCGGGGACAUCCUGCUGGAGGCUCUGCAGCAGAGCUGCCUGGGGGAGGAGUGGGGGGCAGACCCAGCCCCUCCGCAGACUCUGGGCCCAGGGCUCCCUGUUGAAGUGUACCCAGCAUGCACUGCAGAGGGCGCUCUGAGCCCACAGCCCCCGGCGCGGGCCCUAAUGACAGAGCCCAGCCCAGGGGUCCUGGACGUGACCAUCAUGUACAAGGGGCGCACGGUGCUGCAGGAGGUGGUGGGGCACCCGAGCUGCGUGUUCCUGUAUGGGCCCCCCAGCCCCGCUGUGGCAGGGGCGCAGCAGGUGGCCUUCCCCAGCCCGGCCGAGCUGGCGGACCAGAAGCAGCUGCGGUACACGGAGGAGCUGCUGCGGCACGUGGCGCCUGGGCUGCAGCUGGAGCUGCGGGGCUGGGGGCUGUGGGCCCUGCGCAUGGGCAAGUGCAAGGUGUACUGGGAGGUGGGCGGCCCCCUGGGCUGCGACAGCCCCUCCAGCCCCGCCCAGCCCCUGGCGCGGAACUGCCACACUCCCAUCUUCGACUUCAGCACCUUCUUCCAAGAGCUGGCGGAGUUCCGGGCACGGCGGCGCAAGGACUCCCCACGCUACACCAUCUACUUGGGCUUCGGGCAGGACCUGUCGGCCCGCAGGUCCAAAGACAAGAGCCUGGUCCUGGUCAAGCUGGAGCCAUGGCUGUGCCGUGCAUACCUGCAGGGGGUGCAGCGGGAGGGCGUGUCCUCCCUGGACAGCAGCAGCCUGAGCCUGUGCCUGUCCAGCACCAACAGCCUGUAUGACGACAUUGAGCGCUUCCUCAUGGAGCUGGGGUAGCCCGCCUAGGCUGGGCCCCAGCCGGCCCCCAAUAAAGAGAACCUGAGAACCA